AUGCUUGAGGGCAUGGAUUACGAUGUUGAGACCUCUAAAGUCCAAAAGCCAGCUCGCUGGUACACCCGCCUGUGGCGGGCAUGCGUGUGCUGUGGGUGCUUAGGUAAUAAAAAGGAGAAAUUUCCGCUCCAUCUCAUUGGCUAUGACCCUAUUGGGCCACUCCAAAGAGCAGCCAGCAAGGGUGAUGUGCAUGCAGUUGAGAAACUCAUCAACUCCAGUCAGUGUCACAUUGAAGAAUUUGAUAGAGGGAACAGGACUUCACUGCACUACGCGUGUGCCCACAACCAUGUGGAUGUCGUGACACUGCUACUAGACUACGACUGCAGCAUUGAUAUCCAGGAUGACGAAGGCUGCACACCCUUGAUUAAGGCUGCCCAGCGAGACAAUCUGGAAUGCAUGUGUGUGCUGCUGCAGCAGGGGGCUGAUCCCCACCUAAAAGAUUUUAGUGGGCAUGCAGCCCUCCACCAUGCUGUUUUGAGAGGUAACAUCACAACUGUUGAGAAGUUGCUUGAAUUCAAUGCAGACAUUGACGCUAAAACAGAGUAUGGUUUAACGCCUGUUCAGCUUGCCAUAAAUAAAAAUAACCACCAGAUGGCAGAAUUUUUAACAUCAAAAGCUGCAAAUGCACAUAGAGUAGCUGACCCGAAGAGGUAG